AUGCGGGGAACGCAAUACUUCCUCACGGGCUUCGGCGACUUCUUGGAGCGACGCCGCAUCUCUUUCGUCGACCCCCUGCCGCGCAGCCUCGUGUGUUGCGCCUGCGGUUUCGUGUCGUCUUUGUCCGUGCGGCUGCCGUGCGGUCACGUCCUGUGCCGGCCAUGCAAGCGUCACAUCGCGAGCGACGCUCACAGGUGCCCCGUGGAAGGCGUGAAGUUCGAAGAGGCCGGCGUAGUGUCUCAGACGGUCAAGCUGUCAGACUUGGAGCAGCUCCACGUUUACUGCUUCAACGGCGGCCAACGCUGCGACUUCGUCGGCAAGCUGGCCGAGCUGCCCAGCCACGCGUUCGGGUGCGUCUACGACGAGGUGAAAUGCGACAAGUGCGACCGCGCCGUGAGUCGUAGCGCGGCCGUCGAUCACCGCCGACAGUGCUCCGUCAACCUGCCGCUCGCUGGACGAACAGCGAGCCCCGCUCAAAUCGCUACUGCGGACGGAGGCCCGACAGGCGUCGUCGAGGGCGUCGGAACGUCCGAACGCGCGUCGGAGGAACAAGUCGACCGGGAAGGCGUCGCCGACGACGACGCCAACAGCAGCUUGGUGGAGCACGUGACCAAACACCGAACGGACUCUGUUCGUGCGAAGAGAACGUCCAGCGGAGAACUCAAGGUGCCCGACACCUCGUCUGCCGGACCCGUUUCGCGCUAUAUUACUCCCGGACCUUACCGCGCCGCUUCCAAGCCGGGCGUCUUCAUCACGUUGUGCAAGUUCGACAACAUAUACGAGAAGUACGAGGAGCUCCGAUGUAAGGACACUGCGUCGGCUGUCACCAAGGGUUGCGUGGCGGGCGGCUACACGUUCGCUCUCAAGUGCACGCUCUCCAGGGAAGAAGUAGAGGACGGGACCGUCAAGGUGUACUUUUCUCUCUACCUGGGCUCCGGCGAGUGGGACAAUUUCGUCGAAUGGCCCUUCAGUAAGGACGUGACGGUGGUCCUGACUCACCCGAAAAACAAGACGAAGGACGUCAGGUUCCCUAUCUUUAUGCACAAGAAGGACACGGUUAAGAAACCUGCCCCGACUGGCGCCACUUGGAACAAAGGUCACCGCACAAUCGACGGCGAGAGUUGGGAGCGCAUUGAGUGCGAAGGUUUCAUCCACGAGAACGCCCUUUACGUGAAUGUGGAGUUUGAGUGA